UUCAUCGCCUACCGACCUCGGGUGUUCCCACACGGUGGAACAUAUAAAGCCGCUGCGGGACUCGUGCGCUCUCGCAUUUCGGAAAAAAAAAAGAGCGUUGACCGCGCUGAAGCACCGGAGGUUCGAGAUGAGAGGUCCCAGCCUAUUCUGCGUGGUGCUACUCGCGUCUUCGCUGGCGCUCACGGUCGCAGCCGAUCGACAGCGUCGUUCCAGUAUCUUCGGCAUGGCGGCAUGUGUGACGAGAAAUGCGGGCGUUCUCCUUCCCGCCGACGGCCGGUGCGCUGCGGGAAAGCUUCAGGCCGCCUACAACGCCUUGAGAGACGCUAACUGCAUUAACUGCGACAAGUACUUCCACUGCAUUGGCAACUACCGCGCCGUCUAUGAGUGCAACAACUCGGAGGAUGCUCGGCGCGCCGCUGAAGCGAUCAGCGACUGCCGCGAGGAAGCCGACAACGCGGGAGCCGACAGUGCUGCCGACCAGGAGGCCAACCGCUACGGCCGAGGCGGUGGCGACUGUGCCCACCGGUACCUGGCUGCGGUGCGUUGCGCUUACAACCCGCAAACCAGGAGGUGCGGAUGAGGACGCGAAAUCAAGCUGCGGAGCCAUCCAUGUUGCGAUCUCCUUGAGACGUUUAAAAUAAGGCCACUCUAAUCUUUCAAUUUCAUUAAACGAAGUGUACAAUCAGAUCAAUAAAGCUGCUGCGUUUUCUUUCUUUUUU